CUCCAAAGUACCAUCAAUACUUCCUAAUAUCAACAUCGCCACCACAAUGACCAUCCAUCAAGCGGGUACCGCCGAUAGUUGGCACGGCAUCAUCCCGAGCACCGACUUCCCCGCCGAACCCGACCGCUACCACCUGUACAUCGGACACUUCUGCCCAUUUGCACACCGCGUCAACUUUGUCCGACACCUCAAGGGCCUCACCGACAUCAUCAAAACCAGUGUUGUGCGAGCGUACCCGAAGGGAGAUCUCAAGGGCUGGCCGGGAUGGAAGUUCCCUGAAUCGGACGACGAGUACCCCGGAUCAACGGUGGAUCAUCUAUACGGGGAGGAUUACUUGCACAAGGUAUACUUUCGGGCGGAUCCCGAAUAUAAAGGACGGUAUUCGGUACCCUUAUUAUGGGAUACGAAGACGGGGACGGCGGUUUGUAAUGAAAGUCUACAAAUGCUCCGCUGGCUCCCCAAAGCAUUCAACUCCCAGAUCUCGCCAUCGCUGGCCGAAAUCGACCUCUACCCUAGCCACCUGCAAGCAAAGAUCGAUGCCAUCAGUCCGUGGAUGCAAUCGGACGUGAACUCGGGGGUGUACAAGGCCGGAUUCACAGACACGCAGGAGGAAUAUGACCGUAAUGUGGUUCGGGUAUUCGGGGCACUGAACAAGCUUGAGCGCAUUAUCGCGCAGAAUGGGGGCCCGUUCGUGUUAGGGAAGGAGAUGACGGAAUUGGAUGUGAUGCUGUAUGCGACGUUAAUUCGAUUUGACGUGGUGUAUGUGGAGCACUUCAAGUGUAAUUUGGGGACCAUCCGUCAUGAUUAUCCGGUGCUGCAUAACUGGCUCAAGGGGAUGUAUUGGGAUGUGAAGGCUGCGAGGGACACCACGGACUUCAAGCAUAUCAAGGAGAAUUAUACGAAGAGCCACUGGCAUAUCAACCCUAAGGCGAUCACACCGCUAGGCCCGUACCCGGACAUCGAGGAGGGCGUGGAGAGAGAUUGGGCAAAGUUGCAAGUUGGAGGUGUGAAGCACCCGGCUGUGUUGGAACAUGAAGCCAGUAUCCCCGAUGUAAGCCAGUAGACCUAUGUCCAGGAUGAUGGGAUAUACCGUUAGCCAUGAUUGCAUUGUCUCCAUGAACAUU